AUGGCGAUGCACUCCUGGCUCGGAACGGGCAAGUCCCUUCAAGCAGGCAUUACAAUCUGCUGCCUCGUCGCAUUCAUUCUCUUUGGUUACGACCAGGGUGUCUUCAGCGGUCUUCUCCAAAACGAGGACUGGAAGGCUCAGUUUGGCGACCCCGACUCGACAGAGACGGGCAUCAUUGUGUCCAGCUACAACUUGGGCUGCCUGACUGGCUGUAUUGUCAACUUUUUCAUUGGCGAAAAACUCGGUCGAAGAAAAACAAUUUGGCUUGCCAUGGCCAUUGUCACAAUUGGCGCCGCCCUCCAAGCUUCUGCCUUUACCGUCGGCCACCUCAUUGUCGGGCGCGUCAUCACCGGCGUUGGCACCGGAAUCAAAACCUCAACUGUUCCCCCGUACCAGGCCGAGCUUUGUGAUAAAAGUUCCAGAGGACGACUGGUAUCCGCCGAGGUCCUGUUUGUCGGUGUUGGUAUCGUCGUCGCCUACUGGUUCGACUUUGGUAUGAGCUUCGUCGGAGGCUCCAUUGCCUGGCGUCUGCCUCUUGCUUUCCAGAUUGUCUUCUCGCUCGGUGUCAUUGUCCUCGUUUUUGGAUUGCCCGAGUCACCCCGCUGGCUCUUCAACCACGGCCACGAGGCCGAAGCCAUUGACGUCCUCUGCGCCGUGUACGGGAAGGAUGCUGACGACGAGUACAUCAAGGAGGAGCGGGACGCAAUCAUGGAGGCUAUUGCAAUUGAAAACGCGAGCGAGAAGUCGCUCUCGUUUAUGAGCAUGUUCAAAAAGGAUGACAUUUGCACCCGGUACCGCGUUUUGCUGGCUUGGGGCAUGCAGUUCAUGAACCAAAUUGGCGGUAUCAACUUGGUGGUCUACUACAUCACCAUCGUUUUGACGAACAAUGUCGGGAUGAGCCCUCAGCUUGCCCAGAUUCUCGGAGGUUGCAUCAACACCAUGUUCAUCAUCGGCUCCAUCGGCCCCACGAUAGCUCUCGAUCGUAUGGGUCGCAGAAAGACAAUGAUGUUGGGAAGUUUUGGUCUUGCAGUGUGCAUGGCCUUCAUUUCUGGGUUGCUCUCACAAGCACCCAAGGGCGACGACUCGAUGCGCGCAAAGGGAUUCGCCGCUGCGUCUGUGGCAUUCUUCUUCUUGUACAUGCUCAUCUUUGGUGGAUCAGCAAACUGUGUGCCUUGGGUCUAUGUGGCCGAAAUCGUACCACUCGCAGCAAGAACUCGUGGUGCAGCAAUUGGCGUAAGCUCCAACUGGCUUUGGAACUUUACGAUUGUCAUGAUUACGCCCAUUGUCAUUGAGCGUUUGCAGUGGAAGGCGUAUCUCAUCUUUGUCAUCACCAACUUGCUAUUUGUACCGCUCGUGUACUUCUUCUACCCCGAGACCAGUAAUAUUGGUCUAGAGGACAUUGACAAAAUCUUUACUGCCGGCGGUAACCCAGUGACUGUCUCGUUACAGAUGGCUGCUGAACACAAGAAGCUGCGAAAGAGUGGCUUGAGCGAUGUAGAAUCCAACAAGAGCGACGGCAAGGAAAGGUCCAACGUGGAAAUGGUCGAGCACGCGUAGACAUACGAAUUACGAAUUUUUGGUUUUAUGUUGAAAGUAUACCCAAAUUGCAGCUCGUUAUGAGCUGCUUAGCGCAUGGGUUGGGGGUUUGUUUUGCCAUUAUCAGAAGCUUGUUACCCAAUACAUAAUUUAUUUACCUUUAAUUUCUGGUCAUAUCGUGAGCCCAUGUACUUUUGAUAAAAACAAGAACAAUAACAAUAGCAAGUUAUAAACCCUGAUAGCUGAGACAGAAAUGAGAAGCUUACGCGUAUUGGAAGCUAGAGUGUAGAACUGACGACGCUGAGUGGGUGGCUCGCGGCUUCACCCCCGUAUUUUUCUCGUCAGUCCCAGUUCGGCAGUAGGUCCUAAUUGUAUCGGGAGCGGAUGAUUUCCAAUUACCACUAUCUCGGUAGACUCCGCAAGCGAUUAAAUAUAUGAACUGAUUAAAUAUAUGAGCUACCAGCAGAGAAGUCCACUUUCCCCGUGGGGGGAGCCCAUCAAGCUCUGCGGCUGAGUGGGAAGCGCGCUGUUGGGCAAUCUGGGGUUCUGUGGUUACUGCAGCUAGCCGCGCUGGCUAUCGGUGCUGGGACGAGUAGCGAUCAGCGUUACAGCGUGACAAAAGGCAGCGCGGACCGAGCGCGGCGUGGGAGGCGUCUGAGACCGCGAUGAACGUUGCGCAAGACACCGCCGAGAGAAGCCAUCGCUACCGGCAUGGCUGUAGACUAUUUCAGCCAGCCUGCCACAAUGUGCAUUCGUAUUGGUUCGUUUGGUGACGGACGGAUACGCCACUGGGGAAACGAGGGUGGUGGUGGUCGUCGUCGUCUUGCUAGAGGAGCCAACAAGACAAAGGAGCCAUAGCGCCAAGCACGCAGGCUUAGGUUGCAAUUUAGAUAGCCGCUGCUUACAAGAUGGACAUCUUUUUUCUCGGCCCUCUUUCAAUUUCAAGCAAGCCUUGCGCCAGAAUCGAUAAACUGAACGAGGGCCCAG